UGUCCGGAAAAUCGCACACAGAUGAAGAUCGUCAGCGGAGCUCGAAGCAUUGCUCGCGGUCCAGAUCACGAUCAGUGGACCGAAAGCGCAAGUCAGGAGACAAGAAGCACAGACGAAGCCACAGCAGAAGCAAAGAGCGUGCUAAUGCACGAAGAGACACUCUGAACAGAAGACGCUGCUGACAGAUAGCAAAAUUAUAUGCCUACUACCUGGACAGGUAACUAUCAGUCAUUUAAAUUUAUUUGCCUAUUAAACGAUAUCUUUUUGUCUCACAACCCCAGUAACUGCCUUUUUUGUAGACACCAGCAGAAUUGCAGUUAAAAAAAUAAGUGGCCAUUCCCAAUGUGAAUGCAUGCAGAUUUUCACAGUAUAUAAAUACGUUUUAAAACAGUUAAGUUGCGCACACUAAGAAUAUUUUUCAUAUAUAUUUGUUUGGUCAUAAUUGGAUUGAAGGUCAUAAGGGCAUUUUACGCUGUACACAGUGACCGUGAGUUUUCAGUUCAUUUUUUUGUGGGAGAGAAAGACAGGUGGUAGAAUGGGCUUGUUCACAUGAAUCAUGCCACUUUGUUGUGUAUGACUGCAUCAAGAGUAUAUUAUUCAUAUUAUAUUAUAUUAUAGUUUUUAACCCAUUCUGCCAUACAAAGCCUAAACACAGUAAUGUUUUUAUUGUUUGUGAAAGCUGCAUUAACGUCCGCUCUAAAACAAAUCUCUAAAGCCAUUUUUUUCAUUUUUGUUUGGUGGUGUUACUGUGUUUUGCCUUUGCAUAGCAGUAUUACUUUUGCACUUUUGCAUAAUACAAUAAAUAUUGUAUUACCUAAACUUACAAAAAAAAAAAAAAAAAGUAAUUUAGCUCUUACUUGGCGUGCCUCACAGAAUGCAAUAUUUAAACAAUAAUCACCUCAGACAUAGGAUGUUUUCACUCAAUAGCACAUGUGAGCAUCAUUGUUUACCACUGCAACCACUUGCGAUUUUGUGGUUUAAAUAGCUUAUUGUAUGUAUAGAAAUGUGCCUGUACACAUAGGUGGCGAAAAAAAAGGUUUUCUUGCAUCAUGUAAAAUGCCCUUUAAAGUCAACAUGAAACCAAACCCAGUUUACUUUAAUAAUGUGAAUUUUCUGAGUUAAAAUAAUAAUAGUAAUAACAAUAGUAACACUUUAGAAUAUGGAACACUAAUUCACUAUUAACUACGACUUUUCCCUCAAUACAUUCCUUAUUUGCUGCUUGUUAGUAAGGUAGUUAAGUUUAGGUAUUGGGUAGGAUUAGGGAUGUAGAAUAAGGUCAUGUAGAAUAAGGCAUUAAUAUGUGCUUAAUAACUACUAAUAAAUGGCUAAUAUUCUAGUAAUAUGCAUGCUUAUAAGCAACUAAUUAAGAGACCCUAAAAUUUGAUUUGUGUGUUCUGUUCUUGAAUGGGGCCGGGCCAGACUUGAAUGCGAGUUUGUGGUCAGAAAUAUGUAGAUGUAUGGUAAUUUAGAAUAUUUUAUAUUUUGAGCCAAGAUGAUGGCUUGGUCAAAUUCACUCAGGAGCAUCUUUACACAUCCGUCAUGACAAAGCAAAAACUAGAUUUGUCAGUUAAUUACAUUUUGAAGAAAGAUUGACAAGAUAAACAUUUGAACCAAGAAGACAAGUAGAGUAAGACCAGGAAUGUGAAAGUAAAUGGGGUUCAUUUUGAUUUCAUGUUGACUUUUUUUUUGUUUAGGAGAAAAAUGGUGCAUGUGAGAAAAGAAAAUGCCAGUGCGAAAUCUGUGUACAUUUCUUGCAAUAAAGAUCUCCCAUGCUUUUUUUUUGGUACUGAACUGGGUGUAAAUGUGCUGGUUAAGUGCACUCAUUUGUGUUAAAUGUAAUUGUAUAUGCUGCACUCGGAUGGUGGUGGAAGUUGGCAUAGAGAUUUUGUAAUUUAAAAACUGUUUUUCUUGUCAGAAUUAUUUUGGCAAGUUUGUUCUCAAACCAACUUACUAACUCUCUUUAUUGCACUAUUUUCCUGAAAGAGACCAAUUCUUCUUAAAACAGGCACGGAAGAAGGACUCUGAGAAAGCUCUGAAAUGUCAGAGCGGAUCAGAGGAGCAGCUGGAGAUGUCAGAUAAAGGCCGUGACAGGCUGUCUGAAGACAUGGAGGAGCGACAUCGCCGAAAAGACAAGAAAUCCUCCAGACCAAGAAGCCUAUCAAGAUCACGUUCAAGGGAAAGACGACAUCAUAAUCGAAAUUGGGACAAAAAAAGAUCUCGCUCACGAAGCGGUGAAAGGAGAUCAAGGAGUCGUGACAAGAAGAGACGGGCCAAGUCUCGAUCAAACUCCAGAAGCAAGCACAGACAUCGCAGCAGGAGCCGUAGCAAGAGCAGGGAGAAGAAGAAGAGGUCAGAGAAAGCACGGAGAAAAAGUCGCAGUCGGUCAGCUAGCCCUGUGGCCUUCAGGGGCAGAAACACAGCCAUGGAUGCUCAGGAGGCAUUAGCCAGAAGUGGCUCAGGAGAUGAGGCUUUGAGUCUGUAUAAAUGUCAACAAGCUGAGAAAAUAAAAGCAAAGUUUUUUUUGAGGUUGGAGAGAGCAAAGAAGCUUCAAGAACAGAAGGAAAAAGAAUUGUUGGAAAAACGGCAACAACAAGAGAGAGCAGCAGCAGCAGCUCCACUGUUGUGCGAUACGGCCACUGCAGCACCCAGUUCAGGCCUGAACGUUGCAGCACUGCUGGCCUCUGGCACACAGGUCACUCCUCAGAUCGCAAUGGCUGCUCAGAUGGCAGCGCUUCAGGCCAAAACGCUGGCAGAGACUGGCAUUGCUGUGCCAAGCUACUACAAUCCCUCAGCGGUGAACCCAAUGAAGUUUGCAGAGCAGGAAAAGAAGAGGAAAAUGUUGUGGCAGGGGAAAAAAGAUGGGGACAAGUCACAAACAGCAGAGCUUUGGGAGAAGCUGAAUUUUGGCAAUAAAGACCAAAAUGUGAAGUUUCGCAAACUAAUGGGCAUCAAAGGUGAAGAAGAAGGUCAACCAUCAGGAGCAGGUAACGAAGAAGGUCUUAAAACCUUGCAGCAGCAGGAAGAAAUGUUCCGCAAUCUGGACGUCCAGUAUGAGAUGGCCCGUUCACAGACACACACGCAGAGGGGAAUGGGCCUAGGUUUCUCCUCUUCGUUUUCUUCAAGAGGCAUGGAUGCUGUCUGAACAUUCUGUAUUUGUGCUUCUCAUUUCUGUAAAUUCUGGCUGACGUUGCCACUGUAAAGCCGGUUUGUAUGUGCUUGUAGAGAAUGCUGGUGCAUUAGCCUGCAUGUAUGAUUCAUCAGGUCUGUCAUUUUAUUCAUUUUGGAAGUUCACAUGUAAAUACAGUUGACUGCUCAAACAUAUAUUGUUGCUUGGUCUCUGAGGAUUGUUUAAUAUUGUAAAGUUUUGUUUGGAUUUUGG